UUUGCUUUUUUUCAAGAAACAGAGAGAAGUCAUAUAUAUAAAGAGAUUAUCAGUUGCUUUCAGAGCUUGUAUUAAUAUUACUCUCCUUCUUUCAACAAUAUGCAUCUAAUGAGAAAAUUGUUCUGGUCCAAGUUGAAAUCGACUCUCAGAAAGCAACGUAGAAAUGGGAAAGACGGUUCAGGUAGCUUGGUGAACAAGUCAAAUGUGAAUGAAGAGUAUGUUGAAGCCUUAAGAACUAAUUCUUACGUAGAAAUGUACAAUAAAGUUCAAGAACAGUUAGAAAGUGGAAAAUUAGGUCAUAAUCAUAAAUUAUUCUCAUCUUCUUCUUCUCUUCAACUUGAUAUCAAUCUCUCUAAAAGCUUACUUGAACCUUGUCAAGAAGUGUUGGUUGAAAUUCCUGAAUCAUGUCAACUUCAUCCCCUUAUUGUUAACUACUUUGAUAUUACCUCAGAAGCAUGCAGAAUUUGUGAGUUACUACUUCAAAGUGUCCAAAAAACCCGAGCUAAUUAUAGGAAAAUUAGAAAGGUUAUUAGACUAAUGAAAAAUAUGGAGCCAGAUUCAAGCUAUUGUUAUGAUGUAUAUAGAGAACUUGCUUCAUUUGCUUCUUACAAGAACCCCUUUUCAGUAUUUAACAGAGUACAGUUUCUAGACACACGCGAAGGGCACGAUGUUUUGCUUAAGAAACUAACAUCACAAUUCAGAAGAGUUAAAAGGAGGAUGAAAUUCUUGAGAUCUUGUAAGAAGGUAUUUGGGAUUAGUAUCGCGAUAGGGUAUACUGGAAUACUAAUAGCUUUGUUGGUCUUAGUUCUUCACAGUAUGGUUUGUAUUGUAGCUGCACCUGGAUUGGCAUUUUGCUCAUUUAAGCUGUUCAAGAAAAGAUUCAAAGUGGAUAAAAAGGCAAUAAGUUCAAGUUCACUUGAAAUGUUAAUAGCACAACUUGAUGUAGCAGCAAAAGGGGUGUACAUAUUGAUUAAUGACUUUGAUACGAUGAGUCGGCUUGUGAGGAGAUUAUAUGAUGAAACUGAGCAUGAUAGAUCUGUAGCUGAUAUGUGUGCAAAAAAGAAAAAUGCUGAUAUGUUGAAGGAAGUGAUAAGGGAUUUCAGUAUUAACAAACAUUGUUUUAUGGAACAGUUGAAAGAACUUGAAGAGCAUGUUUGCUUGUGUUUCCUCACUAUAAACAGAUCAAGAAGGAUGGUUUUACAAGAAAUGGUCAGCAGAUGAGUUAUUGCAAUUUAUUGAAUGAAAAUGACUACACAGACUGAGAUCAUAAAUUUGAUUCUCCAGUUUUGUUUGGCAAUUUUUUGGUGUUUGUAUCUUCAAUAAUGGAUUUUCUCCACUUUGUGUUUCUA